CAGCUCCGGAGGCGGUGUGACUCGGGAGGAGCCGGCGCUUCCCGGCGGUGGCGGAGGCGGCGGCGGCGUCCCCAGCCGGCCUGGGCGCGGCGAGCGGAGCGCUGCAGGUAAUCUGACAUCUUAAGGAUUCUGUUCCGCAUGAAGAGGAAACAUUUCAAAGGAACAUAGGAUGUGAAAGAAGAAAUCUCCAUGGACUCUGCAUGGAUGGUGUACCUGUCCAUCUCUCAUUGAGGCCAUGAGAUCUUCUAAUCCCUUGGGUGUUUUCAUGUUCUCCAGCGAGAACACUUCCACUUCAUUUGGUGCCAUGGGAAAAACCUGAGGGUCAGGAAGAAUUGUUCCUGACCUUGUGACUUUUUCCAGGAUUACAGAACAUGACAAUUGGAUAUCAUUCGUGUUAUCUUUUGGAGGCAAACCAAAGAACGUGAUCCCUCAUUCUCUGGUGUUUUGGCACCUGCUCCUUUUUAUUCUUGUUUCUGUUGCUUGUGCCUUCCAAUCAUCUUAUGUGAUCACUGAGCCAUCCUUCAAGUUUUACAGCACAACUUGCAGGCAUCCGGACUCCUCAGGGGCUCGCCCAUGGCUCAAUGGGCCAGCAGUCCAGGGGCAUUACCAUGAGGCACUGCAUUAAUUGCUGCAUCCAACUGUCACCUGACGACGUACAGACACAGCAGGUCAGCUGCCGAGGAGGCUCCCAUCACGGUCGUCAGGAGUGCCCAGUGUGCAAAGCAGAAAAGAAAAUUGUGUUUCGAGUGGACGGUAAGCAGAUGAACUUGCUGGCUGUUCUCGAAGUGAGGGCUGAUGGGAAUGAGAGCUGGGGUGGGUUUUUGCGCUUCAAGAAGGGGAAGCGAUGCAGCCUCAUUUUUGGAUUGAUAAUAAUGACGUUGGUGAUGGCUUCUUACAUCCUUUCUGGGGUCCACCAAGAGCUUCUGAUCUCAUCGCCUUUCCAUUACGGAGCCUUCCCCAGCAAUCCCAGCUUGACGGAGGGCGAGAAUCCGAGUGACGCAAAAGAGCAUCAUCACCAAUCCUCUGUAAAUAAUAUUUCAUACGUGAAGGACUAUCCAAGCAUUAAGUUAAUUAUCAACAGCAUCACAUCCAGGAUUGAGUUCACCACCAGACAGCUCCCAGACAUAGAAGAUCUCAAGAAGCAGGAAUUGCACAUGUUUUCCGUCAUCCCGCACAAAUUUCUUCCCAACAGUAAGAGCCCCUGUUGGUACGAGGAGUUCACGGGCAGGAACACCACCGACCCCUACCUGACCAACUCCUACGUACUCUACUCCAAGCGCUUCCGCUCCACCUUCGACACGCUGCGCAAGGCCUUCUGGGGCCACCUGUCCCACACGCACGGCAAGCACUUCCGCCUCCGCUGCCUGCCGCACUUCUACAUCAUCGGGCAGCCCAAGUGCGGCACUACCGACCUCUACGACCGCCUGCGGCUGCACCCGGAAGUCAAGUUCUCUGCCAUCAAGGAACCGCACUGGUGGACCCGGAAGCGCUUUGGAAUCGUCCGCCUGAGGGACGGGCUGCGGGACCGCUAUCCCGUGGAAGACUACCUGGACCUCUUUGACCUGGCCGCACACCAGAUCCAUCAAGGACUGCAGGCCAGCGCGAAGGAGCCGAGCAAGAUGAACAGAAUCAUUAUCGGCGAGGCCAGUGCCUCCACCAUGUGGGAUAACAACGCCUGGACGCUCUUCUACGACAAUGGCACAGACGGCGAGCCCCCCUUCCUGACCCAGGACUUCAUCCACGCCUUCCAGCCAGAUGCAAAGCUGAUCGUCAUGCUCAGGGACCCCGUGGAGAGGUUGUACUCCGACUAUCUCUACUUUGCAAGUUCGAAUAAAUCUGCAGAUGACUUCCAUGAAAAAGUGACAGAAGCUCUGCAGCUGUUUGAAAAUUGCAUGCUGGAUUAUUCAUUGCGCGCCUGCGUCUACAACAACACCCUCAACAACGCCAUGCCUGUGAGGCUCCAGGUCGGGCUGUACGCCGUGUACCUUCUAGACUGGCUCACCGUCUUUAACAAAGACCAGUUCCUCAUCCUCCGCCUGGAAGACCACGCCUCCAAUAUCAAGGACACCAUGCACAGGGUCUUCCAGUUCCUCAGCCUUGGGCCCUUAAGUGAGAAGCAAGAGGCCUUGAUGACCAAGAGCCCUGCAUCCAACACGCGGCGUCCUGAGGACCGGAAUCUGGGGCCCAUGUUGCCGGUCACCCAGAGGCUUCUGCGGGACUUCUACGGGCCUUUCAACGCCCGGCUGGCGCAGGUCCUCGCCGACGAGGCCUUCCUGUGGAGGAAGACGUGAUGCUGGCUUCCCGGCGCCUGCAGGGCAUGACUUCUAUGGUCUGAAGGUCUCUCUUGGUGGGGAACCCUUGUGCUCGGAGCUUGGAGGAGACCCCCCCCCUCCCCGGGCCUGUGUUUGUGGAACCUAGUUCCGAAUCCUUUGUGACGUCACACAGUCCAGCAAGGGACCCAUCGCCAAGUCUCAGAGGGAGGCUGCCGGAGAUUCCACUUGGAAAGGGGUCCCCUUCUGCUCUGAGAGUGUCCGGGCUCUGGGACGAGGCAGGUGGGCGCUGGGCGGGGCGGGGGAGCAGGAGGGUGCUGGGUGUGGAGUCUGGGCUUUGACGAUUCCGGGAUCCACUGGCGGCCCCACCCCAGGGCUGGCCAGGAUACACACUACACAUUCAGCUCCAAAAUCCUCUGUUUAGGUCACUAAACCUCAUGAUGGUGGAGAAUGGAGGCUCUUUCAUUUUUUUUUUUUUUUUUUCGCCUUUUACUCCAAAGUCAGUCCUUCUGUCUCUUCAGAUAUAAACCCUGUCAACCUCACUGUUUACGAGAGAAAAAGACACAAGCCCAUUUUAGGUAGCGCGUUCCUGUCUCGGACCUCCUCCCCUUCUGUCCUCGUGGACUUUACUUAUGUUUAAAAAGAAAACGAAUGUAUUUAAAACAAACCACUUUCUGCAUUUCACUGGCUGGAGAGCUCUUUUUCUGUUCAUGUAGAUGUUUUCUGAAGAGUUUUUCUCUUUUUUUUUUUUUCAAUUUCUAACUGGAGAUAUAAAUUCAGUUUAAAAUCGGAAGGGAAAUGGUCGCUGUUAAUGCCAGACUGAGCGCCUUGAAGGAAUCGAUGGAAAUAUCUGUGCAUCUUGGCUUCGGCUGUGCCCCCGAGAGCCUCAGAGAGCUGCCCGCAUUGGGAGGUUUUAGUUCUGGGGGCGACAGGCUCCACUGCUCUGGCUUCCUCUCUAGUGACCUUGUCAGCACCGUCUCCUCCGUACAUGGCCAGAGGUCCUUCCUCACCUAGCAAACUGCAGAAUGCCUGCUUCUGAUCCAGAAACAUGCACGUGAGCUCUGCCUGGGCCGGACGAGCUGUGCUGGGAUUCCAUAUGAGAAUGCCGGGAGCAGAUCCUUGAUAGGCCUUUCUGGGCCACUUGGCAGCUCGGUUCGCUGUCAGAUGGGCUGACGGUCUUGCUGUUUCUUGGAGGUGAUGGGAAAGAUUGAACACCGCCCUUGCACACAAGCCCCCAGGCGGGACCCCCAGCUAAGCUCUGCACACGGUUGUCAGUGGAAGCUUCUGCGAGUCAGAGGUCUGCAGGUCGAGGUGCCGGGCACACCACCAGUCAGAAAGUGCAAACGCCUCCGUGUGCAGCCGCCACUCGUGGGGCUGAGGAUUCACUCAGCUGUCCCAUCCCUACUGCUGUCGGAAGUGGGAUGCUCCGUCCACUGGAAGGCACGCGGCGGCCUCGCCCAGGCACGGCCGGCUGUUUCUGCUGUGGAGGAGCCUGGGUCCUGAACACCCACUUUCAGAGACAGACCCCCCCCGCCUUCCUCUCUCUCCAUGGCACUCAGAGCAGCAGCCCACAGGAGCCCCGGCCUGAGCACAGGGUUCUGUAGGGAGAUGUCACUGGUGCAUAUGUGUGUGUUUAUUUGCAGCACAGGUGUGCGUGCGUGCGUGUUUCUCAGUGGGAUCCCUUCAGUUCUGUUGCCUGUCAGCCCCUCUGCUGGACUCAACCCCCCUUCAUGGGUUCGUUUCUCUGCCAGUUCUUCAACAGCUUGUCAGUUUCAGCCCACGUUUUGCUCUUCAGAGCCAACUGUGGUCACAAGGACUUUGCUUACGCACCCCUGUGCAUGUGAACAACAUGCAGCGUAAUUCUGCUUCUUACAGAAGUGUUCACUGAAAGUCUUAUUUCCAAUAUUACUUGGUUUGCUAUACAAAUCUUUCUACAGACACAGGCCCAUCCUUCGGUGCCGAUCAGCACCAUCCGCGUGGACCCGGUUUCUCCAGGGACCUUGCCCCAGAGAGCUGUCUGUCUUUCGCCUUUGCUUUCCUCUGCUCUCUCUUGGUCGUGAGGCCCCUCUCCUGGUGACAGCAGAGCUGCCGUUUCGAGCGGUGGUCCUUGAGCCCCUCAUCCCAAACCAAAGUGAAUCGGAGCCUCUCUCAUGACCUGAAUUACUUGGUGUCCCCAAAGCUGUGCAUCCGAUUGUAUUAAAUUGUACCCCCUUCGUCGCGUUAAGGUGUGUUCAUGAACCACCCUUGUGCUGUCCGUUUGUAAAUACUGAUCGUAAUUAAACAUGGGCCCCGGAGGGCACGCCCUUCCUCCUCGGCUGGCACAGCACCUGUGGGAGCGUCUCCGCCGAGCCCAGGAGGAGCUCAGCGUCUCACCUGCUGCACUGGGAACGCUGUCCGCAGGGGACCUGCCACGUGCGGUGACGGUGAGAGAGAGGACGCGGGCGUCCCCAGGGACUCCCGCGUGGGGCCGGCGGAGGGUGUGAGUCAGGGCGGCGAGGUGCAGCCCCACCCACAGACGGGCCUGACGUCAUCUUCAGACAUUCAGGUUUGAAGCUUGGGGGAUCAAAGGUCCUGCUGCUCCCAACAAACUGCUUUCCUCAAGUCUCAGGCCUGCCUGGCCCCUGGGGGCUAUGAGUUUGCGGUCCCCGGUGUCACUGGGUGCGUCAUGGUCCCUGGACACCCAAGGCCCCCGGUGCAGCCAGGGCAAGCCUGAGGGAGAUGAGGUCAUCUCAGGUCUGGGGUUGUGUGAGCCUGGGCCAUCCUGGAGGCAGUGGGGAGCCGGGUUGGUUCCCGAAUUCUGGGAAGACCCACCCUGGGUUCCCCCCAUGGUGGUGUGUUGGAGGGGAGAGGGGGUAGCAAGGCCAGGCCUGCCAACAAGGAGGCCCCCAGCUCUUGAUGGCAAAGCCAGGGACAACUUCACUCCGUGAGGAAGGUGCUGUGCCUGUGAGGAGAAGGGGCGGGUGGGAGACGGGGAUGGGGGUAGAUGGGUGUGUCUGGAAGGUGGAUCCCAGGACCCCCUCCCUGGGGACCUGUCCAAAACCCCCACUGCUGUGGGGCCACCUCCCACCCCGACUUGGGACCCAGCUCUCAGGGAACAUUCUGAUGAGGACCAUCUACAUCUGAGUGUAAACUUCUGCUCAGACUGAGUGCUCAGUCUCUUCAGUCGUGUCUGACACUCUGUGAUCCCGUGGACUCUAGCCCAGCAGGUUCCUCUGUCCAUGGGGACUCUCUGGGCAAGAAUACUGGAGUGGGUCGCCAUGCCCUCCUCCAGGGGAUCUUCCCCACCCAGGGAUCAAACCGGCAUCUCUUAUGUCUCCUGCAUUGGCAGGUGGCUUCUUUACCACUAGUGCCACCUGGACUCUGGGCUACAGGAUGCUAAAGCUGGAUCAGCUUUCCUUCCCAUCUCCAGGUCACACCUGCAAAGCUCCCUUCCCAAGUAACGUGACAUAUCUCUUGGUUCCAGGAAUUAGGAGGUAGGCAUCUUUGGGAACUUUUAUCCAGUCUGCAACAGGGGGUGGUCCUGUGGGUGGGUCGGCAGUGAGAGGAUGCAAGGCGUGCCCAGUGGCCUGCCCCUUUCAGACAAACAGGUCUGAGUGGGCAGCGUCUGCCUAGCAGAGGGAGGCCCAGCUUCCUGACGUGUCUACUCUGAGACGGGGGUCUUCCUGUGAGAGGCAGGCAGCACCUGUGAGAGGAGGGAUGGAACAGGACGAAUGGCGAGUGGUUCCUUCAUAUGUUUCUUCCAAGUGAGCCUGGCGAUGGUCCCAGGGGGACCUGCAGAAGCCAUACAGGCACUUCUGAGUUUCUGAGGCUCAGCUGUUCUGGAGUGAGUCAUGCUUACAUGGGAGUCACUUUUGAAAACCACACAAUGUUUUCUGGCCCCGAGGGGCUCUUGGGGGCCCACCAGCCUCCAGGAGGGAAACCCUUGGAAGGCAACCGCCAACCUCACCGUCAGCGCCUGUGCCUCGUGGCCCCAGGCUGGCCUCCACUCCGUGACCUUGGCUCCGUCCUUGCUGCUGAAGCCCUGCCCCAUCAGCCUGGCCCCGCCCCUCGUGGUGCCUGGCCCCGCCCCCUCAUCAUGCCCAUCCUUUGCAGAACAGGUCCCAGUGGGCAGGGUGGAGGCUGGGCGGUCCUGGGCCUCUUUGGCCUGCAGGUGGCUGUCCCUGAGAGCCUGCAGGUGACGAGGACACCACAGAGAUGGAGACGGUGGCACCUCAGUGUCUGUAGAGGCCCCGCCAAGGAAUAACAGUCGUUCCCCCUUGUCUGCCACUUGGAGUGGCUGGGUCCUCCCGCCAGGGAUUGGGACCAACCAGCUGCACCUGGGCGCAUCACCCGCACACUUGGGCAGAGCAAGGAGUAGGGCUGUCCAUCCCAUGUGAGUGCCCGGCCCUGUGGGUGCCCAGCUCCCAGUCCCGGGCACAGAGGAGAGUAGAAGGGGGCCUCGGCCCCCACAGUGGAGGACCCCAGCUGGGAGUAGCAGGGCAGCGAGCGUGGGGGGCCGCCAGGGCUCCCAGGGCUUUCUGUCCACCUCUAGCUCUGAGCGGGCCCUUUAAGGUCAGGCCCGGGUCAGAUCUAGAAGCAGGUGGGCCUGGAGCCUGGGCCUCCCACAUCUCAGGACUUUCCCAAGACCUCCCUGAGGCAGUGGCAGGGACCCCACCCUUCAUUCCCUGAGAAAUUCCCUUCUCCCAGAGCAGAGAAAGCCUGGGUUCUGGAAAUAAGGCUGGAAGACUUCCAGCAUCUUCUCCUGGAGUCAUGGGCCAUCUUUCUUCACCGUUCUUCCCCUGAAAGGCACAGUCUGACUUGCACCCACCAAACUUGGCCCCCGGAAGAGGACAGUGUGGGGAGGGGGCGUGGGGCCAGCCCUGGGCCUGGAGCCAGAUGAGCUGGGUUCAAGGCCAGGGUUGUGUCCACUCCGUCUCCUUGUGGACACCACAGGCCCUGGUAAUGGUACAUGAAAGUAUAAAGUGAAGAUCAGAGAGGCUCCCCAUCUACCUGAGGUCAUACAGUUCCGAUCUCUGGAAAGAAAGAGCAGAAUGUCAGUUCAGAAGUUUUCCUUUAUAUCUUCCAAGUCAGAACUCUUAACCCUGGUACAUGUACAGCGUACAUUCCCUACCCCUCAUCAGCCUCCCCCUCCCCAGCUGCCUGUCUGCAUUUCACAUGUCAGCCCCAUCCCUGAUACCGUUAGGCAUGGGGCAGCAGUUUCUGGGUCUUCUGGGCAGAGGUUUCUGCAGAUCUGCCUAUCUAGAGGUCUAGGUGGUGACCGGAGUUUCUAGGGGAAAACAAAGGGAAGUAGACAUGGCUUUGUUCGGCCAGAAGGGUCUUGCCACUGAGACUCCUGCCAGUAGAGGAGUCCUCCAUGUCCUGGGCUGGCCAAGCCUCCCACUCACAGGACCAAGCAGACUUUAGGGGGGCUGGCUGUGGGGGGCUUCGGAGUCACAACAGAAGUGGACGGGCUGUCCCUGGGCUCAGCCCUGCCUGAUGGCCUCAAAGGCACCAAGGGGACACACAGAGCUAGAAAGUCUGCAGGGUCCGCAUUUAACUUUUUAGUAAGGGUUUUCUGAGCAUCUAGUUUGCACAAGGCUCUGGGCCAGGCAUUAGGGUAGAUGGGAGGCUGCUCGUCUGUUCACUCAAUGAUUGCUUCACUGGUUCUUUCACCACGUAUUUAUGGGGCCCUGACUGCUAUGGUUUUUCCAGUGGUCAUGUAUGGAUGUGAGAGUUGGACUGUGAAGGAAGCUGAGCGCCGAAAAAUUGAUGCUUUUGAACUGCGGUGUUGGAGAAGACUCUUGAGAGUCCCUUGGACUGCAAGGAGAUCCAACCAGUCCAUCCUAAAGGAGAUCAGUCCUGGGUGUUCAUUGGAAGGACUGAUGCUGAAGCUGAAACUCCAAUACUUUGGCCACCUCAUGCGAAGAGCUGACUCAUUGGAAAAGACCCUGAUGCUGGGAGGUAUUGGGGGCAAAAAGUCGGACACAACUGAGUGACUGAACUGAACUGAACUGACUGCAUGAAGUCGGGGUGGGGGGAGGGCAAAGGUCAGAGGUCGGAAGCCUGGAUGAGGCCUGGAGCUGUGUCCACGGUGGGGAGGAUGGGUUGGGUGAGGUCAGAAUUGUCAGAGCAUCCGUAAAUCCUUCUUAACCACAUACACCUUCUUAAACAUUUGAUUUUUACUUAAAAUAUUUAAAGUACA